UAUCACUUUCGAUUUGACUCUAAAUUAUAAAGUAAACAUUCUGGCAGUUCAAACAGAUUUGAUCAGAUUUGUAUAUGUCUAUAUCUUCUCAUUUAAAUUAUAUCGUGAACUGGAUUAGUAUGCAACGAUAAACGAUAUAGUUUGUUAUUUUAGCAUGUGUGAAUAAAGAAAGUUUCGGAGCGCUCGACAGAACGACAUCGUCGACAGAAAUUAAGACAGAAUUCUCCUGUCGGCAAAUUCCGUUAAGCUGCACAAUUAUGGCAUCCAAUGAGAGUUCUAAACGGAAAAGAAGGAGGAAGAGCAGCAUGGAGGAGCCCCCUUAUUUGUCAGGCGAUGCAGAGUUUAGAGUCCUUCUCUUUGGGAGAGGUGGCCGCAGUCAAUUUUCUCUGGCAAACUCCAUUCUGGGGACAGAUGUGUUCGAGGAUGAGCUCUGCAACAUUACAGAGAGUAAGAGACACAGGAGUGAGGCGUUCGAGAGAAAACUAGCUGUGAUCAACACUCCAAACCUCUCUGAGUAUGAGGCAUCCCAGAAAGAGCUGAGAAGAGUGUUCAAGAUGUCUGUGUGUAUGUCCUCUCCUGGUCCCUACGUCGUUCUCUUUGCAUUCGACCUGAACAACAUCUCACCAAGUGCAGUAAGCAUCCUGGAACUGGUCACAAAGCAUUUUGGGGACAGCAUCUUGAACCACAUGAUGGUGGUGGUGUGCCAUGAGGAGGAGAAGGAGGAUUCAGCUCUAGAGGAGAAAGUCAAGACUAACAGAGACUUCAGGGAGCUCAUUGAGAAGUGUGGACAAAGGUAUCACCUCUUCAAUGAGAGGAAGGCCCGGAGAGACGAGAAGGUUUCCAGACAGCUCCUGGAGAAGAUGGACGACAUGGUGAGGGAAAACGGAUGCAGAUUCUACUCCAAUCACCAAUACCAGGAAGCAGAGGAGAGAAUCCAGAAAGAGGAGCGUUUCAUGAUGAAAGGGAGAAAGAAAGAGAUGCUGACAAAGAGGAAGGAGCUGGAGAGCAGGUACACAUGUGAAGGUCUUGAGAAGGAGCUGCUGCAGUUUGAGACGAGGAUAAGAGUAGAGAACCGAGAGAAGGCUGAGAGGAAGAUCUCCGAGGUACUGGGAUUUACUCUCACAGCAGUUGACUAUGCUGCUGCAGUAGGUAAAGGGGCAGCUCUCGGGGCUUUAUGUGGAGCGGUCAUGGGGUUUGAGGGUAUGGCGGUGGGAGCCGCUGUAGGUGCCGUCGUCGGGGGUGUCAUAGGAGGUGCUGCCAGUGCGGCAUGGGGUUACGUCACAAACGCUGCUGCACAAAUGAAUAGACGUUGAGACAAUGCUGCCUACAUCGAUGAUGCAUUGCAGAGUUGAACAGGUUGUGUCAUGUUGAUGCCGUUCCUGCACAGUUUAACACCACUGUCAGAUUUGUAGAAGUCUGAGGCCAAUCAGUUCACUAAUGAAUCUUAUUUGUCAGUGAGAAAAUAUUCAGAGAUGUAUGUUUUGUAGAUAAUAGACGCUGUUGAUUUUUGGCUGCUGAUCUGGUGAUGGUUUCUAGUAGGUUAUUUUACCCAGAUUCAUUGUUGAAAUACGUAAUCGUGAAUAGAGGGAGAUCCUUUAAACAAUGGAAUAUUUAAACACAUUAUAAAUGUACUGUGUUGUUUUUGGUGUCUUUGGAAUACACAAUAAAUCUGUGUACAUUUAAAUAGGUAUGUAAAUAUACAUUCUAAAUCCAAUUAUGAAAGAACAUUGUUAUUUUUAAUUUUAUAUUACUGCUGCUGUAUAUGUCUCUAUUUUGCCUAAUAAAUUCCCU